AUGGCAAGGAGAUUCUGGAGCGUGGUGCGAGCAGCUUGUUCCGUACUAAGGAAGCGCGUCUCGAAGGCGAGAUUGUUGGCUGAUUUUAAGAUCUACAUGAUGAUGAAGCGAGGCAAGGUCGGCGGCAAAUCCGACGUGUUUAAUCUCGUGUUCCACCGCCAUGAGUCUCAACUCUUCCGCGAAAGUCGCUGCGUGCAUCCGGCGGAGCAGGCUAUUGACGACGGCGAGCUGUUGAAGGCAGCGAUGGAAAUCGCUAGCAGCGCGGCGGCGUCGCCUGCUCCUCCUCCGCGGCGGUGGAGUACGCCGGAGGUGAGGCAGUUGAGGAUAACGGAUUCUCCGUUGCCGUUGCCGGACGUCGAAGAGGACAGUCACGUGGAUGAAGCGGCUGAGGAGUUUAUUAUGAAGUUUUAUAAUGAAUUAAGGCUGCAAAAUUCAAAUAUGUAA